AGCAGCGUUUCGGAGAGUGAAAUCUUGAUUCUCACAGGAGCUAGAAUUCUGAAGCUUACUCACAGUGUUGUAGGGACGCGUGUGAAGUGUCAGGCAUUAUUUCACUGGUGGGACGUGGCGGUGUUUAAUAAUUCGUUCCGGCAUGUGUGUGUCUCAAAUCCCCUUUUCUUCGCCGGCACUUCGAGGCGGAACGGGAGGGGGGCACACGUUUGCUUUGCUGCCAAAGCAGCCGAUUUCGCGCCCCCUCAACGGCUCAAAGGCACUUCAACUGCACAUGCAUGCACAGUUCCCGAUUCGUCUGCCGGAUCAUGUGUGUGCAUGUUUGUAUGUUGUGGGCAUCAUUCACGUUUUCCGUGUUUAUACUGGUUCAAGAGCGUACAUUCAGGAAGUUGCACUAAAUGGAAAAUUGGCUUCCUGUGUGGACACAGGACACGGGGGUUCUCUUUGUCUCCCUUCGCUGUGACGCGUUUUGUUGUGAUCAAGGGCGCUGUUUAAGCGUGAUGCAUUAAGCGGCACUUCAGUCUGAAUCAAUCGCUCAACGCGUCAUUUCCUUUCCUUUUUUGCUAAGGAGAUGUCUCCUCGGUACGCGUACGCUACCCUGUUGACGGACAAUUCUUUCUACUAUGGUGUCGAGGCACUGCUCAAGUCACUGGAGGCUACGAAGACGCCUUACCCCGUGCUUCUUUUGCACACAUCUGAUGUUUCUCAGAGUACAAUAAAAGCGUUGGUUUAUCAGCGUCGAAAAGCCCCGGCGAGUGAGGAUGCGGGAACUACAGGGAAGGAAAUGAAAACAGGGCAGGAAGUCAUCCCAAGUUCACAGUGUCCAGAACACACCCCAGGUAGAAACUUGCACUCCCCCAUUGGCAGGAAAGGGGUAAACCCUGUGAGUUGCUCCGUCACACAAGACGAGACUAGGGUUCGUACUGAUUCAGAUCGUAUAGAAGAAGCAGAGCGUCGAGCCUCAGAGAGAACCUCGGAGCGAGCGAGAGCUGGGGAAACGGAGGAACAGGGCAUUUGCGUUAUUCCCCGACUCGUUGGUUCUGUCGCGUACCCUAAAGCGGAACGGGACACGUGCCCUGUUGAAGGGUGGAAGGACUGUUUCACCAAACUGCGUGUGUGGGAGCAGGUUGACUUCGAUGUGAUUGUGUAUGUCGACGCGGACUGUAUAGUUUUGCGGCCGGUAGACGAGCUUUUUCUUAGGCAGCCACUACCCGCCUUUGCACCAGAUAUCUUCCCUCCCGAUAAAUUUAACGCGGGAGUCGCAGUGCUGAAGCCCGACCUCGGCGAAUACGGAAAUAUGGUAGCCGCGGUCGAGCGUUUACCUUCAUAUGACGGAGGCGACACAGGGUUUUUGAACGCGUAUUUCUCAUCGUGGUAUGAAAACGCAGCUGGCGCCCGUUUGCCCUUUCGGUACAAUGCUCUGCGCACACUGUAUCACAUGACGUACUCCAGUCGAAAAGGAUACUGGAAUGCCGUCAAGCCGAUCAAAAUCCUGCACUUCUGCUCCUCCCCGAAGCCUUGGGAACAACCAGCAAAGACCGACCUCGAGGAACUAUGGUGGAAAGUCUUCCUUACGGGCACUGUGCCAACUGAUUCUGAUAUCGUGUAGUGGAGGGAGAACCAAAGUGAUGAUGAAAGAAUGACCGACUUCCAAAAGAACGGAAACGCCGGACAGCUGCCUCGCGGUACCUUGGGAAAAGAGCGGGACGUGUGGAAUCCUGUCAACUAUCUCUUUCUGUGUCACCUGUGGACGAAUUGUAAAUCUUGUAAAGUACAAACGGAGUACAGCUUAAUCUUGUAAUUU